AUGUAUUACGCCGUGGGUCACCUCGUCAGACGCAGUGCCGAUGAGGCCUGGUUGAAACAUGCGUCCUCACAUUCGAAGAACUCGGAAGGAGAUGGAUUGAGGCUGUUCAUCUUUCUGAUCAUCUGCGUUCUUGUAGUAGUCGUGCCUUGUGCGGUCGCAGCAGUGGAUUACACUUACGGACAGGUUGUAGGCACUCUGGCCGCGGUCGAGGAUUCCAAUCCAGAUAUUUAUAUCCGCAUCGACAAUGAUCCCGUCCACCCGGAUCCCACAGAUCCCACUAAACCUUUCGUUCCUCGCGGAGCUGACGAGGCUUCCUUCUCGCAACCCCCACGGCCCAUUCAGCCCAUCACGAGUGGGCUACGAAGUGCCGUCAGACAUCUUCGCGCCCGCGCGGGCUUUUGGUCUCGCUUUCGAGGACUGUCUAUCCAUCUAUGCAUUACAGUUCCUCAGGUGUUUAUCAUGAGUCUGGUGUCAUCACAUGUGAUACUAUCAUUCCUAAUCUUGACGUCUCUCAAUCUCCUCUUUGCUCCUUUGCACAUGGCUUGGGUGCACAUUGUCAUUUCAGAGCCCUCAACAAAGCGCUUCUACCAGCGGAUUCCUAGCAUGCGCACUUGGAUUAAGAUUGCCCCAGCGAUUGCUCUGAGGGAUGUUUCGGGCACAGCUGUCUAUUUUGUUGCCGUGGCUAUCGCACGGAACCUGGGUGAGCAUGGACAGAGCUCCACGCUGAGCCCUGCGGCAUUCGGAUAUGGCAUCCCCGCGUUGCUUGCGUGGGUAGUCCAAAUCCCAGCCCAAGUCAUCUUUGUCCGGGUGGCAGCGUCCAUGCUGCCUGAGGAGGAUGAGACUAUCGUGCCCUUCGAUCGUUCAUUCGGUGGCAAGGUUCAGACCGAAAUCAUGGGCGGGAGUGGCCAUAUUGGCAUUCUUGACGCUUGGAGAACCUUUGACUGGCCUGCUCGGGUUCGCUACGGCAAAGUCAUCAUUAAGACUUUUGUCAUCGAAGUGUUCAUGCUCACUGCAUUCUUCAUGGCUAUUUUCCCAAUGUCGUGGGCCUUGAAGAAUAAGAACUCCUAG